AUGGAGACCGUCCGCCAGUCGUGCCGGCCGAAGCACCAGGUCUUGACUCUCAAGUGUUAUCCCCGGUACCAAAAAGGCGUGUCGGAGGUGCGCCCGAACCCGAGUGAACUGUCGUAUCUGCUGUACUAUGCCAGCACACGCCGCAGCAAGCUGACCAAGGUCGGCGCGUUCCUCGAGAAGAGGGUAGCCCGGGAUGUCUGGAGACGCAGGCUGGGAAAUGUCCAGGUAGCCCUCCACAUCCUGACCGCGCUCAUCGAGAAAGUCCCUCGCGAUCUGCCCAUCUACGCCCGGUCAGUCCUCACCGUCAUCCAGACGGUCCUGCGAUCAAAUGAUAUCACAAUGGUAGAGGACUCGAUUGAGACCUUCGAGACGUUUUGCUGUCACCAGGAUAUGGCCGCUAUCGCCGUGGAGCAGGGUCUCGUGCAUCAGUAUCGCGAGGUGGUGCGGACAUAUGCAGGCUUCGCCGAUCCGACUUCUCGGACGGUGUCGCACACCCCGCUGAGCCCACCAGUGGCGAUUCGGUGGAGAACUGCAGGAUUGCGCGCGAUCAAGGGCGUGGUUGGUUCAGACGGUCUUGCGGCUGAUGGGGGCACAUCGCUCAAGCUCAUUCUGCCGGUCAUUUUGGAGAAUCUGUACUCUGGAGAGGAGAAUAUCUUGGUCAACCUCCAAACCAAGCUCCGAGAUUCUGAAAAGCCUGAGCGCGAGGGGCUCCGCCGUCGUCGGAUGAGCGUCGCCACAGUCCGAACGGUCGAUGCGACGGAGGGCGAUGCUACACUGGCAGGACAGUCCACAGCCGAUGCAGAUCGGCAUGCAGAGAUGGAUACCAGAUUGUUGGCACUGCGCUGUCUGGAACAAAUCAUUGUCUCGGGCAGUAACCGCGGCCAGAUCCGCAUCGCCGCGUCUAUCAUUCUGCGAUUCAUCUCGAAAAAAAAUGUUCCGCGACCUGAUAAAGAUGCCGACGACGAUGAUGGAGACGCCAACACCCCCAAAUCAGGCGGAAACUGGGCAACAACUUUGGUCGAGCUUAUUGCAAACUGGUGUCCGGUUCAGAUUCGCUUUGUAAUAUUGAUCACAGCGAUGGAGAUUUUGCACGACACCUCUCCCACGGAGGAUGCUCAGGAAUCAUCAUUCACCAUUUUGUCAGUGGUUGACUGGCUCUUGAAGUCACCAGUGAACAUGAUUGGAUUGAGUAUUAUGGACAUUCUUUACGGUCUCAUGCACUAUGCAUCGGACAUCCUAUCGCCCGCAGACCCCGCAGAGGAGAAGCAAGAUCAGACCAGUGCCGUGUUCAUGUCUCCUCGACGAAAAGAACUGCUUGCUCUCCUGGAGCAGUGCAUCGGAAAUCUGGCGACUCAUAUAUACUACGGCGAUCAAGUGGCUGACAUGAUGAGGGCCAUCCUCCGGCGCUUUAAACCUGUCUCCGAGGACCCGGAUAUGUCCUCCAAUGUGCCAUCUCCCUUGGCCACCGUCCACGAAACUGGCGCAGCGCCUUCAAAAGACCAAACAACAGAGACGAGUGCGGCCAAUACUGAAAAGCUGCCUCAUACCGAACAUUUCUCGCAUGCUGCUAUCAAACUGACCGCCCUUCGAUCUGUCAAGGCCAUUCUUACUGUGGCAAACCAAAAGGCACUCGCAGCCGCAGCUGGUGUCGAAUCAAGGAACCCAGUGGGCAUCCACGUGUGGGAAGGAACCCAGGGUCUUUUGCGAGACUCGGAUCGAGAAGUCCGGCAUGCGUAUGCCGACGCUUUCUUGUCAUGGCUGCAGCUUGAGACCAACAACGAUAAUCUCAAGGUGCGAGCCGAUACGCCCAAGUACAUCAAGCAACCGUCAAAACGUGAUUCGGAUAUUCCAGACAAGUCAUCGAAUCGGCGCAGCACCUCUGUUCCUGGCAACCAGAGGGAGAAAGUAGUAUUGACAGCACAGUCCAAUUUCCUGCGUCUUCUUCACCUGGCCAUCUACGAUUCCGCCCACGAAGGAGCUGCUGAUCUCUCGGAGAUACUUUUUCUCCAUCUUCUUCUGGCAACUCUGGUUGAGAAUCUUGGGGUCAAUGCUGUCCAAUUUGGACUUCCUAUGGUUCUCAAGCUGCAAGACGACAUGCUCACGUCUGUUGAUAUGAACACAACUGCAGCUCGUGUCAACAUUGGCAGUUUGGUGCAUGGGUAUCUUUCCGCUUUGUCAGAAAAAUUCAACCUGGAGUCUUCUGCCGUGGGGGUCGAAAUUCGCACUGAGAUUGAAAGGCGAGAGCGCAAGGGCCAAUGGUUCUCCAAGAUCAAGUUGCCCGCUAGCGGCCUCGAGGCUAUCGCCUUGGACGACGAGAAGAUAACCGUGGGGGAUGACACGGAACCGCCCGUUUUGACCCCUUUCCGUAACGUUGAGGGAUUGGUCGAUCAGAUCGAUAAUUCCUACCGGCAAUCUGUCUCGUCCCCGCCGCAGAGCCCGCAUACGUCACCGAAACGCGGCUUCAGUUUCCCCGUUUUGAACCAUGCCGUAUCCAAGCCUCCGCCACAGGGCAGUCUCCCCUCCCCGGUGAAGGAACAGAUGCUGUCCUCCUGGUCUCGAGAGGCGGUUCUGGCGGCCGUGGAAAAAGAGAGUGUGAAGACAUUAUCGAUCAACGGUUCUCGGGGGAAGAACCGCCGCAUGAGUAUCCCUGAAGGUACAAACUCGCCUCUUUAUAGCUCCAGUCGAGGUUCUCCCGUCCGUGUCAAUGAGCUGCGGCGUGUCCUCUCUGUCAGCAACGAACCUUCCUCUCAGAGUCCCCUGCGAGGGCGCCUCGACAACUCGAACAGCAGCAUCAUCUCUUCUGGCAGCGAGAGUAUGGUCAGCGGCACCUUCACUGCCUCUGUGGACGGAGAUGCCGGGUCGAUCCAGCCGCAGAAUGGGGAGCUGACCCCUGAAGAAAAAGAAGAAAAAGAUGAUGACGAUGGAAUGGAGACGCCCCGCGCAUCAGCGCUUGUACUGUCCGGGGACACGACACCAACGGCAGAUAAUCCGCAGGCCCUGAGCCUAGCCAAAUCCGAUGCAUCGGAAAUCCCGCCCGUUCCACCGCUUCCAACCUCAUUGAACAUCCCAGGCAUGUUCCCGAACGACUCGGAUAGAUCACUCGAUUCAUUGGAACGUCCGUCUACCGCUCCGGGUCCCUCGCAGCAGUCUUCCGUCAAGGCAACGCCUGAGCACAUCGUGCCACUGAACCGCAACAAGACCAGAUCCAGCAACAGCCUUGUAUUGACACCGGAGAUGCGCGCGGACGCUGGACUCGCAGACCUGCUAAGCAACCACGACUUCAGUGGCCCAGACGUCUCGGUUAGUCGAGAGCAUCUGAGGAAACUCCUGGAUGGCUUCCUAUCUCCUGAAGACAGCCCCUUGACAAACGGGAACCAUCCGACAACAGCAAAACAAAACGGCAAGACUCCAAGGGGUAAAGUGCAACUUGGUCCCAGCAGACGGCACAUCGGCGGAGGAGGCAUUGGACGACCGCCAUAUUGA